AUGGAGGAAACCAGAUUAAAAGUUUUUGAAAGGAGAAUUCAUAGGAGAAUCUAUGGCCCCUGCAUCGAGACCAACGCGGGAAAGUGGCAUAAACGUCAAAACUGCGAACUAGAAGAACUGUUUAAAAGACCAGAUAUUGCAAAAGAGAUUAAAAAGAAAAGGCUCACGUGGACAGGUCAUGCGUGGAAAAAAAUUGGCUCAAUAGUUAGAAAGACUAUCAAGGAGAAUCCUAUCGGUAAGAGGCCACUGGGAAGACCAUGA